AUGUUAUAUCACUCUCAAUCCAAGAUCAGGAUACUGAUCAGCCUGUUUCUGACCACGCAGGCCGCUGUUCCCUCUUCCACGUAUGUCGGACGGGGCACCUCGCCGGACCCAAAUGAUAAUAUCACUGUUUCCAUCAACGUGCCCAGCGACAACUCCAACUCUCUCUUCUUCCACUUUUCGGCGCCUGCAGACCAGACAUGGGCGGCCUUCGGCCUGGGCUCUCAGAUGGCGGGGGCGUUGAUCUUUGUUACAUAUGCAUCGGAGAACGGGAAGAAUGUCACGGUCAGCCCUCGCCUAGGAAAGGGCCAUGUCAUGCCCCAACACACCUCGGACGUCCAGGUGGACGUUCUGAGUGGCAGUGGUAUCAUUGACGGAUCUUUCGUUGUCAAUGCGAAAUGCUCCAAUUGCCGAAACUGGAGUGGCGGCAACGUCAACAUUGACAGCACAAAACAGUCCAUGAUCUGGGCUGUUGGUCCAACAGGCACCCUGAACUCCAACGAUGACAACGCGCAAAUCAGACAGCAUGAGGGCUACAACUUCUUCGAUCUCGACUUCAAGGCUGCAACAGGUACUGGCGGCGUCCCGGUCGUGAGCGCUUCUUCGGACACUGUGGUUGGUGGCGGUGCCAUUGGUGGUGGUCACUUCCGUGGCGCUACUGGUUUCCACGCCUUCCUCAUGGUGGCCGCCUUCUUGAUCGUCUUUCCUGGAGGAUACCUGUUCCUUCGCGUGUUCGAGAAGGUGUGGCUUCACUGGGGUGUCCAGUCGCUGGCCUUGCUCAUGACAAUUCUUGGUAUGGGCGUUGGAAUUGCUCUUAGCAAACGAAACAACAUUUCUCCUAAUCUGACUGCUGGCCAUCAAAUCCUCGGCUUCGUCGUUGUCGGUCUUGGGCUUGUUACAUGGGUUGUCGGGCUAGUUGGGCAUCGCAUUUACAAGAAGACGAAGCAGCCCGCCAAGGUCAUGAAGGGGCAUCGUGUGCUGGGUCCUGCGACAAUCACCCUGGGUCUGGCCAACUGUAUCGUUGGUUUCCGGUUUGCCGACAACACCCGCGGCACUAUCAUCUUUGCCAUCGCGAUGGUCAUCAUGUUCAUUUUCGUCGGGACUGUCACCUUUUUCAAGCGACGCCAGCAACAGCGAAAAGCGCCCAUGAAUACGCCAGCAGCGGCCAACUUCCGCGAGGGCCAGCAAUCCGAGCCGCCCAACUAUACGGGAGAGGCGCCGUUACCCCUGUACGGCCAGGGCGGCAUCCCCCUGCAGAGCUAUGCGAACAACCAGGCUCCCCCGGUGUAUCGCUAG